CCAACUCAUCACUGCCCAUCAUCAACACAUCGACAACCCUCAAGCAACAGCUAUCACAACAACUUCCUUCUUUACCAAGAUCACCAUACACUACCUUCAAAAUGACCGAUGCUCAGGUUGCCGGUGGCCACAAGGCUACUAUCAACAACCCCAACACCUCUGAGGAGGCCAAGGAGCACUCCCGCCAGGUUCUCGAGAACGAGUUCAACGAUGGUGAGGUUACUGGUGCUGAGGACAACAAGGACAAGAACCCUGGCAAUGUUGCUGGUGGUCUCAAGGCUACUCUGAACAACCCCAAUGUCUCCGACGAGGCCAAGCAGAAUGCCCAGGAGCGUCUUGACAAGGAGGGCUUCUAAACACUUUGAUGCUGCCCAUGUCUAGCAAGCGACCUUAACCCACGAAUGUUUGGAAGGCCCUGGCAUUUACCAAGGGCAUAACUUAAUCAUGGACAAUUGAUACUGUCAACAAAUUGUACUG